AUGGAUUAUUUAUAUACGAUAGAUAAAAAAAGACAAUCACAUCUCUGCAAUCCAACAUCGCUAAUAUUCUGCCUCCGAACGAAGAGUUCUCUGACAAAGUGGAAGAAAGCAAUACAAUUAAUCUUCAUCAAAAAAUAA